GAUUUGUAGGAUCACAAUAACAAGAAAAGCACCAUGGAGUUUUAUGAGUCAACCUAUUUUAUUGUCCUUAUUCCUUCAAUAGUUAUUAUAGCAAUUUUCCUCUUCUUCUGGCUUUUUAUGAAAGAAACGUUAUAUGAUGAAGUUCUUGCAAAACAGAAAAGAGAACAAAAGCUCAUUCCUACAAAAAUAGAUAAGAAGAAGGCAGAAAAGAAAAAAAAUAAGAAGAAAGAAAUCCAGAAUGGGAACCUUCCUGAAUCGGAUUCUGAAAUUAUCCCUCGGGAUUUCAAACUCCUGGAUGUCUUGGCAGCAGCAGAGGAGGAGCAGGUUAUUCCUCUGAACGUGAGUGAGUCAUCGAGUAGUGUGAGGGAAAGGAAGAAGAAGGAAAAGAAGCACAAACCUGUACUUGAAGAACAGGUCCCCAAGGAAAGUGACGUGUCCAAGAUUCCUGGCAAAAAAGCAGAACCUGUUCCAGUUACUACCCAGCCAGCCGCCCCAUCUGAAGCCGCUGUCGCAAGGAAGAAACCAGGGCAGAAGAAGUCUAAAAAUGGAAGCGAUGACCAGGAUAAAAAGGUGGAAAUGCCUGUGGCACCUUCCAAAAAGCAAGAAUUCUUACCCCUCCAUCAAGACACUAAGCAGGAAAGUGGAUCAGGAAAGAAGAAAGUCUCAUCAAAGAAACAAAAGAUAGAGAAUGUACUGGUAGAUGAUCCGCACAUUCACGCAACUUAUAUUUCUUUGAUGGAUAAUGUUGAUUCAAAUCCUAUGGUGGAUAAGAGAGAGGUUGUUGAUCUGAUUACACCAGACCAAGUAGAAGGGACCCAGAAAAUGGGGGCUAAGAAACUGAAGACCGAAACUGACAAAGAAAAUGCUGAAGUGAAAUUUAAAGAUUUUCUUCUGUCGUUGAAGACCAUGAUGUUUUCUGAAGAUGAAGCCCUCUGUGUUGUAGACCUGCUAAAGGAGAAGUCAGGUGUGAUACAGGAUGCUUUCAAGAAGUCUAGUAAAGGGGAACUGACUGCACUCGCCCAUCAGCUUCAAGAAAAAGAGAAACUCCUCGUUGCUGCAAAGGAAGAUGCUGCUGCUACCAAGGGUCGGUGCAAGCAGUUAACCCAGGAAAUGAUGACAGAGAAAGAGAGAAGCAAUGUGGUUAUAGCAAGGAUGAAAGAUCGGAUUGGAACAUUAGAAAAAGAGCACAAUGUAUUUCAAAACAAAAUGCAUGUCAGUUAUCAGGAGACCCAGCAGAUGCAGUUGAAGUUUCAGCAAUUUCGUGAGGAGAUGGAAGAAGAGAGAGCUCGUUUGAAGCAGGAAAAUGGUAUACUGAGAGAUGCUGUCAGCAAUACUACAAACCAACUGGAAAGCAAGCAGUCUGCUGAACUGAAUAAACUGCGCCAGGAUUACGCGAGGCUAGUGAAUGAGCUGACUGAGAAAACGGGAAAGCUACAACAAGAGGAAGGCCAAAAGAAGAAUGCAGAGCAAGCAGUUACUCAGCUGAAGGUUCAACUACAAGAAGCUGAGCGGAGGUGGGAAGACGUCCAGAGCUAUAUCAGGAAGAGAACAGCAGAACAUGAGGCAGCACAACAAGAUUUACAGGGCAAAUUUGUGGCCAAAGAAAAUGAAGUACAGAGUCUGCAUAGUAAGCUGACAGAGACUUUGAUGUCCAAACAACACCUGGAGCAAAGACUAAUGCAGUUAAUGGAAUCAGAACAGAAAAGGGCGAACAAAGAGGAAUCUCUGCAAAUGCAAGUCCAGGAUAUUUUGGAGCAGAAUGAGGCCUUGAAAGGUCAAAUCCAGCAAUUCCAUUCUCAGAUAGCGGCCCAGACCUCUGCUUCAGUUCUAGAAGAACUGCAUAAAGUGAUUGCAGAAAAAGAUAAGCAGAUAAAACAAACUGAAGACUCUUUAGCAAAUGAACUCGAUCAUUUAACAAGCAAAGAGGAAGAACUUAAGGAUAUACAGAACAUGAAUUUCUUAUUAAAAGCUGAAGUACAAAAAUUACAGGCCCUCACCAAUGAGCAGGCUGCUGCUGCGCACGAACUGGAGAAGAUGCAAAAGAGUGUUCAUGUUAAGGAUGAUAAAAUAAGACUGCUUGAGGAUAAGCUACAAUGUGCGAUUUCAAACAAAAUGGGAGAAUUUAAGAUUUUAAAUGACCAAAACAAAUCAUUAAAACUAGAAGUUCAGAAGCUACAAACCCUUGUUUCUGAACAGCCUAAUAAAGAUGUUGUGGAACAAAUGGAAAAAUGCAUCCAAGAAAAAGAUGAGAAGUUAAAGACUGUAGAAGAAUUACUUGAAACUGGACUAAUUCAGGUGGCGACUAAAGAGGAUGAAUUAAAGGUAUUAAGAAAAGAAAACUCAUCUCUGACGAAGGAAGUCCGAGACUUAAAGGCUAAACAAAGUGAUCAGGUUUCCUUUGUAUCUCUAAUUGAAGAACUCAAGAAAGUGAUUCAUGAGAAAGAUGGAAAGAUCAAAUCUGUAGAAGAGCUUCUAGAAGCCGAACUUCUCAAAGUUGCUAAUAAGGAAAAAACCAUUCAGGAUUUGAAACAGGAAAUAGAGGCUCUGAAAGAAGACGUAGGAAAAAUCCAGCUUGAAAAGGCUCAACAGUUAUCCAUCACUUCUCAAGUUCAGGAGCUUCAGAAAUUAUUAAAAGGAAAGGAGGAACAGAUGAAUAGUAUGAAGGCUGUUUUAGAAGAAAAGGAACAGGACUUAGCAAACAGGGUGAAAUGCUUACAGGAUCUUCAAGAAGAAAACAAAUCUUUUAAAGCUGAGAUCCAAGAGGAAGCACAGCAUAACUUGAAAGAGACAUAUUCUGCAUCACGAUUUAAAGAACUUGAGACUGUAUUGAAAACAAAGGAAAAUGAAAUGAAGAAAGUAGAAGAAAUGCUGAAAGAGAGGGAGUGUGAUCUUUCCACCAAAACAAAGCUGUUACAGGAGGUGCAAGACGAAAACAAAUUGUUUAAAUCGCAAAUUGAACAGCUUACACAUCAGAACUACCAAGAGGUGUCUCCUCCUUUCCCUCAGGAAGAAAUGUUAAAAGUAAUUUCAGAGAGAGAGAGAGAAAUAAUUGGUCUCCAGAGUGAGUUAGAUUCUUUGAAGGAUGCUGUUGAACACCAGAGGAAGAAAAACAAUGACCUUCGGGAGAAAAACUGGGAAGCAAUGGAAGCAUUGGCAUCAACUGAAAAAAUGCUGCAGGACAGAGUGAACAAGACUGCCAAGGAAAGACAACAACAUUUAGAAGCGGUGGAGUUGGAAGCUAAAGAAGUUCUGAAAAAAUUAUUUCCGAAGGUGUCUGUCCCAUCUAAUUUGAGUUAUAGUGAAUGGUUACGUGGAUUUGAAAAGAAGGCAAAAGAAUGUGUGACUGAAUCUUCAAGUUCAGAGGAGGUUAAGGUUCUAGAGCACAAGUUGAAAGAGGCUGAUGAGAUGCACUCCUUGUUACAGCUAGAGUGUGAAAAAUACAAGUCUGUCCUUGCAGAAACAGAAGGGAUUUUACAGAAGCUCCAGAGAAGUGUAGAGCAAGAAGAAAACAAAUGGAAAGUUAGGGUUGACGAAUCACAGAGGACACUUAAACAGAUGCAGUUGUCAUUCACUUCUUCGGAACAAGAGCUAGAGCGAUUAAGAAGAGAAAAUAAAGAUAUUGAAAAUUUGAGAAGAGAACGAGAGCAUUUGGAAAUGGAGCUAGAAAAGGCAGAAAUGGAGCGAUCUACUUAUGUUACAGAAGUCAGAGAGCUGAAAGAUCUGUUGACUGAAUUGCAGAAAAAACUUGAUGAUUCAUAUUCUGAAGCAGUAAGACAGAAUGAAGAGCUAACUUUGUUAAAGGCGCAGUUAAACGAAACACUCACAAAACUUAGAACUGAACAGAAUGAAAGACAGAAGGUAGCUGGUGACUUGCAUAAGGCCCAACAGUCACUGGAUCUUAUUCAGUCAAAAAUAGUAAAAGCUGCUGGAGAUACCACUGUUAUUGAGAACAGUGAUGUUUCUCCAGAAUCGUCGUCCGAGAAAGAGACUGUGUCUGUAAGUCUCAACCAGACUGUCACACAGCUACAGCAGUUGCUGCAGGAAGUGAACCAGCAACUCACGAGGGAGCAAGAACACGAUCAGAUACUAGAGUGAAGUAAUUGGAAAACUGUUCGUUCAAGGAUAACAGAAGGCAUUGUAUUAUAUUUUGCCAAAUUAAAGCCUUAUUUAUGUUUUCACCCUUUCUACUUUGUCAGAAACACUGAACAGUUUUGUCUUUUCUAAUCCUUGUUAGACUACUGACUUAAAAAGAUAAAAAUAAAAGCCAACUCUGUAGACACAUCAGAGUUUAGUUUUAUAAUAAAAACUGUUUGAAUAAUUAGACCUUUACAUUCCUAAAUAUAAAAAUAAACAUGUAAUCUUUUAUCUUAUUUUGCUCAAUAAAAUUGUUCGGAAGAUCCAAA